AUGGGUGUACUUAAAACUUCACCAUAUCCUAAAGUACAAAUGGCAACAUUGAAAAAGGCUGGUUUUCAGUUUAAUUAUAAGAAAAUUAUCAAGAGAUCUACUGUUCAACCCAAGAAAUUUUCAGGUUAUUUUGAUGUUGAAGAUACCGAGGACCUGUUACAUAAAGAGGAUAAAAAGAAAGAUCAAUUACAAUUCACAUGUAAUGUAUUUGAAUUACCAGUUAAUACUGCAUUGAGGGCAAAUAUGGGUUCGAUAAUAGUGAACAAAGAAAUAAAGGGAAAUACACCUCAGUUAAUGCAUGAAAAUAAUAUUUUCUUCCAUGUGGAUGAUCACCAAGAUAUAGAACCAGCUAUGAGUAGUGAUAUAGAGGGGGUUGAUUCUCUCCUAGAUUAUGUGACUGCUGAUGAUGAUACACCUGUUACCACGAAAGGUAAAAUGGUGCAUCUGGAUCAAAUCAUCCUUCUAGAAGGUUCACCAUUAAAGGGAAAACAAAACACUAUUGUACAAAAAAAUACUUUACCGACGCUAAUAGAUCUCAACGGAUUAACAGAUGACUCAAUAACGAUGUUAGAUUCUAGUAUAAAAGUCGAUAAACCAAUGAUACAAAUGCAACAUUUCAAAGAAUAUGAACCUACAUUUUUAGAUUCUACAGAUUCUCUAGUAGCUAAUCUAAGUCAGUCAACAGUUUUUAAAGAAGGUAUUCAAUUAAUAGAUACAAGUAGUGAUGAAUUUGAAGAUAUUGAAAUUGAUAAGAAGAAUAUAGCAAAAAUGAAAUGGCCAACUGGAAUGGGUCCAUGUAGAUUUUGUGAGGAAGAGAUUAUAACCAAUUUUGAUAAACGAAAUAAAUCAUUAAAACCAAUAUAUGCAAAGGAGUUGCAUGGACAAUGGCAUCGUGGGUGUUUUAAAUGUUCCGAUUGUUCAAUUAAAUUAGAUAGACACAAUCAAUGUUAUGUAUAUGAUGAUGAACCAUAUUGUCAAUUGCACUAUCAUGAACAUAAUGGCAGUUUAUGUAAUAUUUGUCAAGGUAUCAUUGAAGGGGAAUGUUUAGAGAAUCAUAAAAGAGAACGAUUUCAUAUUAAAUGUAUGGAAUGUUAUGUUUGCAAUACUUUAAUAACAAAUGAUUAUACACUUAUCAACGGUACUGUGCCCAUAUGUAAAGAACAUGAUUUAGAGACAUUAGCUGAGCAAGGAAUCUUCGAACUGUGA